AGUGGGUCGCCGCGAAGGAAGGCCGUGCGACUUUGCGAACGCCGAGGCCAAACCCAAACUAAGGAAUGGCACUCGCAUGCGCACGCUCCUUUUUUCUACUUUUUUGCUUCGAGGAAUGCUGGCUCUCAAGUUCAAUAUUGGGCGAUAACCUGAAAGAAGUAGUGGUGCUAGAAAUACUAAUAGAUUACGGAAGACCUAAGACCCAUCGGGAAGGAAUAUGUGCAUAUGGUUCACACUCUUUGCGACGCGGACACGGUGGGACUCUUGGACUUUCUUGCAAGAGGUGCGUGCAGUGCCGCUGCAAAAACUUUUGUUUGGCAGGGAGCUGCCGGCUUGACUGAUUUUUGAUCUGCUGGUGGUGCCACAGCUUGCUGCACAUAUUGUCAAGGCCCACGAAACGAGAAGUGAGCAAGUUGCAGCUCUCGUUAGGGUUACGACUGCUCCUGCCGUGACCACCUCUCUCUUUUGAUCGACGUGUACGAUUUAUUUCUGCAGACAGUUGUAGUUUAUACGAUGGAUCUCCGUGGCCGCGUCUUUUUUUAUCGAAAAAAGGAAGUUGCGACGCAGGAGGACCAUCAGCAGCCAUUCGUAAGUAUUGCGACGUCAGAAAAUAGAACAUCAAGACUAAAAAUAAACUCAUGAAAGUACUGUACAAGUUGCACAACACAAACACACAGCCACAUAUGUAUGAUUUUUAUCACAUGUAUGAUUUUAUUUCAUGGACACGCUUUUUCUCGCAAUCUCCCCGAGAGAGAGAGACUCGGGUCUACUAUGAGUAUGACACAGAUAGUACUAUUAAGGCUAAUCGCUAAUGCUUGGUCUCGAUCUCGUCACUCACAUGCGUGUUUCUUAGACAGAGUAAGCAACGCGAAUCGUAGAGGCCAGGUUCGUUCCGUUCGUGGUGCAAGCAGAGAAAUACUACAUACGUCCAGGAAACCAUUUUUCUUUGAUUUGGAAGGUGCAAACAACACCCAGCGCGGGAGCUUGUGCGACAACUUAUUGCGCCACUUUUUGACCUUUUCGCUGGUAAUAUCUAAUAUGCAGCUGGGCCGAUGGUACAAUUUGUUAUGCAUUCAGUGGGGUUUCUGUUUCGCACAAGUAGCUCUAGCGCGGGUGUUUGACCUUUUGCUUUUGGGUGGAUCUUCCCCAUCAAGGGCAUGACGUGACGAAAGACCUAGAGAAUCAACAAUAUUCAAGGAUGAGAGAUCGAUAAAAGCCAUAUACAAAGAAGGUCUUUGGAUGGCAUGGGGCGCUGCUCCGUAUGUGAUGGAUCGCCGCAGCAGCAACCUGAUGCAUCCCGGCGCUAUCCCGCCGCAUAAACAGCUGCCCCGCAGAAGUGGACAAUGUACACCUUUGUUGCGCAGUCUAACUCUAAGGGAAGUUAAAGGAACUGCUGAAGAAGCAGGUAUUAGUGGAGAAAGCACCGAAUUUUUGAAGACCUGAGGUACUCCGCAGGUAGAAGAUAUCUCGUGGUCCACAACUUGGUCUCGGACCACAUCAAAUAGAUCAUGAACAUAAAUAUUUAUUACUUAGUCAAAAAAGUAGUGUAGCAAGAAGGUCCUCUACUUUCAAUUUUAUGUAUGAUGAACUUCAUCAAGACAACUCUGCUCUACUCCCAGACUCAGCUGGAGCCCCAAGGAACCAACACAAGUAUCAUGGAAAAUGCCAUACUUACCUUCUCCACUACUUGAU